AUGUCAACACGGCUAGGCCCCCGUCUGGGGCUUCAGUUGAAGCAUGCGACCACCUCGCUGCAACCAUCCGCUGGCACACAGACAUUUAAACGGUCAGCUGCUACAACUUUGAUGAGCCUGAAACGGGAAGAGUUACUGGAACAAGAAAACUAUGCGAUAUCGAGAAACUUGACUCGCAAUUGGAAAGUUGGCGAUGUCUACGCUCCACACGAUCUUAGUGCUGCCGAAGCCAGAAAAUGGAGAAAGAGACACCGGCCUACGACCGACGCCUUUGACGCAUUAUCCAUUAAUCCUUUGAGUCUAUAUAAGAACUUCUCCGUCAUGUCAGAAUACAUGACCGAAAUGGGCCGCAUUCGACAUUCCAGUUCGACCGGCUUACGCCCAGUUAACCAGCGAAAGAUUGCAAAGGCUAUUCGAAGAGCGAUUGCGUUAGGGCUGAUGCCUGCCGUGCACCGACAUCCCGAAUAUAUCAAGAGCGAAAUGGAAGGAAAGAGAACGAGUACUGGCAGGGGCUUUUCAUCGUAA